AUGUUUCCAAACAAGAAUUCAACAGUUGCAAACACUAAUCAUAAAGCACAACGGCUGAUGGUUUCUGGCCGAACAGAAGCUGUAGCUUCGUCUACUCAGCAACGUAUCUACAUGCAUGAAAAUCUUUAUUUUAGCGGCUUCGAUUUUUCUGCCUACAAUUAUAUAAUCCCGUUGACAAUAAAAUGUGGUUCAGUGUCAAUAGAACAUAUUCGUUUAUCUUUAGUUUCAGUAAUUCAGCAGCAUACAGUUCUUCGCACUGCCAUUCGUUUCAAUCCAAUACGAAAUCAAAUCGAGCAAAACAUUCAAUCACUUACCGAGGAUAUCUAUUCGUUUGAACAUUCCCGAGGUGUUUUCACAUUGGAACAACUUGAUCGUCUACUGACGAACGAAUCAAUUGGAAAAUAUUUCGAUGUUGAAAACGGAAAAGUCUUACGAUGCCAUGUAGUGCAACGAUCUCCUGAAAAUCGUGAUGAUUCACUGCACGAAGGUGAUCUUAUUAUUUUCGUGAUCCACCAUAUCGCAUUUGAUCUCAGCUCUUACAAACCAUUUCUAAAAGCCUUUGAGCGAGCAUGCUGGGAAAAUGAAUAUCAGCAAUCAGUGUUAACAAUUCCACAAUACAUUGACUUUGCAUUGUAUGAACAGGCAUUGCUAGCUGAUACCAGCGCGGAGUCCAAAAUGAACAAGGCUCGUCGAUUUUGGGCUAAUCUUAUGCAUGGAUACAACUGGGAUAAAAUACAAUAUUUAGUACCCAAUGAAGACCGAUCUGAUCGACAUCAUUCUGGCCGUGGUUAUUCAGCUGCGUUUACUAUCGAUCAAGAUGUUGUUGAUGCAAUGAUGUUAUUUGCUUCUACCAACAAUGUGACAAUGUUCUCAUCGUCUCUUGCCUGUUAUUAUAUAUUCUUAUUUAAACUAACCAAUCAUGAUGAUGACUUGUGUGUAGUAAGUAGCGUAGCUAAUCGACCUGAGAAAGAGUUACAAGAUAUGAUUGGUAUGUUUGUCAAUCUUCUAUUAUACCGGAUCAAAAUCGAUCCACAUACUACAUUUAAACAUCUCGUGCAACAAGUACAACAGCUAAGUACUGAAAUUCUCGAGCAUGCUUCUUUACCUUAUCAACAGAUUAUUGAUUCCCAAGGCAAACGAGAAAUUAAUGUAUUACCUUCAACGUUUUUCCAGUAUGAAUCUGUAGUAUCAUCAAUGAUACAGAAAAACUCAAUCGAAUUAACUGUGAGCGAAGGUUCGGUUGUAAGUGGUUACUAUGAUAGGGAUCUAAAUCGCCAGAACGGUAUAUCACUAUUUGAUAUUUCUCUUACAAUUAUCCAUCACCAUCAUACGAGAAGUACAGAAUGUUUUCUGAAAUGUUCGACUGAUAUAUUUAAACAUCAAGAUGAUGUCGAUCUAUUAUCAAAGCGUUUCCAACAUAUUCUUACGCAACUCUUUUCAUUUCCGAUGUUUCAAGAAUCCAUUUGCAAAUUAACUAUCCUUCUUCCUUGUGAGCAAAUAUCAUUAUCAGACCCAAGUACAGACAUGAUCCCUAAAAGCUCAUCCAAAGACCACCAAAUGUCGAUGCUUGAAGCAAGUACGUUCUGGCUUGAUGUUCUUCAUGAUUGUAAACUUGAUCAACCUUUGUCGUUACCUUCUGAUCGAUACCGUCUUGCAAAUGAACACCGAACUUGUCAUACAACAUCUGUUUCUUUCGAUUUUGGUCAAGAUCUUUCACAUGACUUUCUUACACAUGCAUCAUCAAACAACAUACCACUUGAACAUCUUACAUUUGCUAUUUAUUUCAUCUUUCUAUUUAAAUUAACCAAUGGACAAACAGAUUUAUGUAUUUCUAUGAAUAUCAAUAAUAAUCGAUACAGAGAUGAACUCAAAUCAGUCAUUGGAUUGUUUGAGAAUGUCAUCCCAUUACGAUGUCAACUAGAUCCUCAAUGGCAUUUCCAUCAUUUACUCAAACAUGUUCAAGAGAUGACAACAAAUAGUAUGAAAUAUUCAUAUUUUCCUCUUCAACGUAUUCUGAACCAACAUCCACAUAUUUCAAAACAUGCAUUCCUGGAUACAUCUCUGGAAUUCAUAUCGUACAAGAAUAGUAAUACAGAGAAGAUUGAUGAUUCUCAACUUGUUCCAGGAUCUUUCUCAUUCAAUAUUAAUGAAGAUGCGAUAUUAAGUGCAUCCGACUUAUCUCUCUCUAUUUAUCAUAAUUUGAACAUCAAUCAACUGUCAUGUACAAUCAAUGCAUCACUUGACUUGUUCAAUUUUGACACAGUGGAUAAGAUUUCACAACGAUUUCAUUCCAUCUUACAUCAAUUAUCUGCAUCUAUGAUUGAUAAUCAAAUGAACAAACCUAUCUAUGAAGUAUCAUUAAUAUUAUCAAAUGAACAAUAUCUAAUGCAAUCAUUGAAUAACACACAAAUAUCAUUUCCAUCUGCUCGUACUUGUAUUCAUCAUGAAUUUGUACAUCAAGUCAUGAAACAUCCCCAAAAACUAGCUGUUGAACUAGAUGAACAAUCAUUAACAUAUUGUGAACUCUUGUAUUAUGUCCAAGUCUUAUCUUUAACUCUUCUUAAUGAAUAUCAUGUGUUUCCAGGUGAGGUGGUGUGUCAAUGUGUUGAGCGAAGUUUGUCAAUGGUGAUUGGUAUAAUGGCAAUUGAAAUGAUUGGUGGUGUUUAUUGUCCACUAUCACCUCGAGAUCCACAACAUCGAUUACAUGCACUCACGCAACAAACACAAAGUCGUCUUGUUUUUAUUCAUUGGUUGACAAAGAAUAUGUUUAACGAUAAUAUAAUUUCAGUCAAUACUGAUCUAGUAUUGACUAACAAUGAUAUGAAAAGUGAUACUGUUGUUGAUCAACUAUCAAGUAUAAACGUUACAUCUGACAACAUAGCUUUCAUCAUAUUCACAAGUGGUUCCACUGGCGUCCCUAAAGCGACUCAGACAAGACAUAAAAAUCUCCUAAGUUUUAUAUAUUCUGUUCAGUACAUUGAUUAUAUUAACGAAAAGGAUACUGUGAUUCAAGUUUUUGCUUCUACAUUUGAUGCACAUAUUCACGAAAUCGUCAGUGCUUUACUUUCAAGUGCGACUGUUGUCAUGUUACAUCCUUAUGGAAACAUGGAUUUUUUAUAUUUCACAAAUACGCUAGAAAACAAACAAAUUACGUAUAUGGCAUCUGUCCCUAGUUUCUUAUACCGUUUCUGCAAUUUUAUUGAAAAGAGUUUUAAUAGUAAUCCUUUAGUUACACUGCGAUCACUUGCAAUUGGCGGUGAAACUGUUUCUCACAAAUUGGUAUCUCACCUAGAACACUGCGUGGAGAAAACAUGCUACAUGUGGGAUGUAUACGGACCAGCUGAAACAACAAUGCUAUCGACAAUUUAUCUUAUUAACUCCGUCUCUGGUCAUCUGGAUAUUCCUAUAGGUAGUCCUCUUGCUAAUUACCAAUGCAAGGUAUUCAAUGUAUAUUUACAACGUGUUUCUAUUGGCGAAGAAGGAGAAUUAUUUGUUGGAGGUGUUGGUGUCUUUGCUGGUUAUCUUGGACGUGAUGAUUUAACUGCAAAAGCUCUUGUUGAAAUAGAUGGUGAUCUAUUUUAUCGAACAGGUGAUCUUGUUACAAUCGAUAACAAUGGUCUUCUCCAUUAUCAAGGAAGAAAAGAUCAUCAAAUCAAACUUCGUGGACAAAGAAUUGAACUUGGUGAAAUAGAAAGAUGUCUACUUACCAUAACAUCCAUCUCUACUUGUGUUGUCAUGAAAUGGAAUGAUGAUUAUUUAGUUGCUUAUGUUCAAUCAGCUCAUAUCAACGAAGAACAACUACGUCAACAUUGUCAAGCUCAUCUUCCGCCACAUAUGAUUCCAUCUUUCUUUAUUAUUCUUGAUAAAUUACCUUUGAAUCAAAAUGGAAAAAUAGAUCGAAAGCUUCUUCCGCCACCUCACUCCUCACCAAUACAUCUCGUAAACAAUACAGAACUAUUACUACCAACAAAUGAUAUUGAAGUUAGUAUUCAUCGUAUUUGGUGUGAGAUGUUCAAACAAAAUCAAAUUUCAACUGAUACAAAUAUCUUUACUAUUGGUGGUCAUUCGUUACUUAUCAUGCAACUCUUUCAUCGAUACAAGAUCGAAUUUCAUUUAGAAACAAAUUCUCUUUCUAUUUCGAAUCUAUUUCAAUAUUCAACAAUUAUUCAUCAUGCUCAACUCAUUCAACAAUCUAUCAAUACCAUCUACACUCUGGAUAACUCCCCUUGGUCUUCAUUACAUAUCGUUCUAGCUACAGCAUCAUUUGCACAAGAUCGAAUCUAUUUAGAUGAACAAAUUCGUUUUUCAUCCAACAAAACAACGAUGAAUAAUAUGUAUGUUAUUCCAUUACUUUAUCGUAUAUCAUCUAUGAAUGAUCAUAUAUCAAUUAUUCGAUUACAUCAUGCAUUUCAAAGUGUCAUCACAAAACAUACUAUUCUUCGAACAGCACUUUAUAUUGAUGAUACAAAUGGUCGUAUCAUACAACACUGUUUAGAUGCAAAUAUCAUUCUCAACGAUGAUAUGAAAUCAUAUGGAUUGACAAUUAUUAAUCUUCAUAAUGAUGAUCAUCGUCAUAUGAAUGAAUUCAUCACAGAAAUAUUAAAUCAAGCUGAUUUAUUUGAUUUAUCAAAAGGGCGUGUUAUUCGUUGUCAUAUUCUUCGUCAUUAUCAUCAAUCUCAAGAUAGCAUUUCAUUUGAGAAUGAUGAUCUAUUGAGUGAAAAUGAUCACAUAUUGAUUAGUAUUCAUCAUGCGGCGUUUGAUGGAGCAUCUGUACCAAUUUUUCUUCGUGAUCUUUCUCUUGCUUAUGAAUCUGAUGACUCAUUAUCUGUGGAUGAUAAUACACUGAAUUAUAUAGAUUAUUCUGUUUAUGAACAUGUUAUGGAUAUGUCAUUAUCUCGUGAAUUCUGGCAUUCUCAACUUGAAGGAUAUAAUCUUGCACGCCAAUUAUCAUUACCUGUUGAUCGACAACGUUCAUCAGCUAAUCAACAACGAUCAGGUUUAGCAUCUAUAGCUGAAAUUACUUUCGACAGUGAAACAUCCACAUCAUUUCUAAAUUAUGCAUCAUCACAUCAUCUCACACUUUUUCAACUUGGAUUAUCCAUAUUUUAUGUCUUCCUAUUCAAAUUAACUCAUAAUCAAAUUGAUAUAUGUAUUGGUUCUGUCAAUGCAAAUCGGUAUCGAAAUGAAUUACAAAAUAUGAUUGGAAUGUUUGUUUCAACAUUACCAUAUCGUGUAGAAAUUGAUCCUAAUUGGUCAUUUGAUGAAAUACUCAAAUACGUACGAGAAAAAUGUUUAUUAAUUCUUGAACAUUCUCAUUAUCCAUUACAACAUAUUCUUUAUGAUAAUCGAUCAAGUCAAUCGAAUGUAUCAUUUCUUGAGACAAUGUUUGAUUUUAUCAGUGUGUCAAAAGAUGUCGAACAUUUAUGUUUGAAUGGUGCAAAUUUAGAACAAAUAUCAUUAGAACAAUCAGCUGAAGUAGCUAAAUUUGACUUCAUGUUAACAUUUGAAUACAAUCCAUUAUUAGAUAAUAAGAGAUUAUCAUGUCGCUUUGUUUGUUCACAUGAUUUGUUUGCAAAGUCAACUAUUUCAAAAAUAGCUCAAAGAUUUCAAUAUAUGUUGGAGCAAUUGUUUCAAACCCAAUCAAGCAACAUUCCUGUGAUGAAUGUGAGUUCAUCCAUUAACAACGUCUCUCUUAUUCUGCGUGAAGAAGCAGAAGAAAUGGAAUUAGUCGUAUUUCAUCGAUUGGAGAAUAUUGUGAAUGAAGCACCAGCAUCAUUUGCACAAGCUCGUAUUUGGCUUGAUGAAAGAAUUCGAUUCGACCCGGACCAACCUCAAAUAGCAAUCUAUAAUAUGCCUUUCGUUUAUCGUCUUCAAUCAGGUCAUACUAUAUCCAUUAAGCAACUUCAUCAAGCUCUACAGCUCACUAUUGGCAAGCAUCUCUCACUUCACACAUCACUUAUCUUUGAUGUAGACAUGAAUCAACUCAUUCAACGAGUUAUUACACGAAGAGAUAAUUACACUGAUAUAUUUUCGUUCAUCGAAACCACUUAUGAAACAGAUGAACAAUUGAAUGAAAUUUUACACGACGAGAAACGUAAUCCUCAUCUUUUUGAUCUUGCUCAAGGUCUUGUCUUUCGAUGUCAUAUUAUUUAUUACAAACAAAUCUCUUCAAAUAAUCUGCUUUCUCACAGAGAUCUACUUAUUUUCAAUUUUCAUCAUGCUUUAUUUGAUUUUCCAUCAAUGAAUAUCUUUCUUCAUGAUCUUAAUCAAGCAUAUACAACAGGUCAAUUAUCAUAUGAUGACAACACUACUCUGCGUUAUAUCGAUUAUACUGUCAUUGAACAACAAAUGUCUAUGACUGGUGCAAGCAUGUUUUGGUUUGAUGCUCUUCAUGAGUGUAAACUCGAUCAAUCUUUAUCAUUACCAUAUGAUCGAUAUCGUCUCUCAAAUGAGCAUCGAACUGGUCGUGGAACAACUAUUUCAUUUGACUUUGGUCAAGAUCUUUCACAUGACUUUCUUAUUUAUGCAUCAUCAAAUAAAAUAUCACUGGAACAUCUUGCACUUGCUACUUAUUAUGUGUUUUUAUUCAAAUUAACAAAUGGAGAGAAAGAUUUGUGCAUUGGAAUAAACACACAUGGUCGAUAUAGAGAUGAAUUUAACUCCAUCAUCGGAAUGUUUGUGAAUGCUAUACCUUUGCGAUGUCAGCUCGAUCCUCAUUUAUCAUUUCAUAAAAUCACUAAAUACGUUCAAGAUAAUACGACAAAUAGUAUGAAAUAUUCAUAUUUUCCACUUCAACGUAUUCUCAAUCAACAUCCAAACAUAUCAAAUCCUGUAUUUCUUGAUACAUCAUUUGACUUCAUAUCAUCUAUGACAAAAGAUAAGAAGAAUGAAAUAAUGAUUGGUGAUAGUCGAUUUUCUUUACUACCUUAUUCAAUUAAAAUUGGUGCAGAUGAAAUAAUGAGUAAAUUUGAUUUUAUUCUUAGUUUUGAGCACGAUUUAUAUCUAAAUGAACUUUCAUGUACCAUUAAUGCUUCCGUUGAUUUAUUUAAUACUGAAACAAUUUUUAUAAUUGCACAAAGAUUACAAACAAUGUUACAUCAACAAUUCACAUCUUUCGACUGUACAACAAACAAAUCAAUCUAUGAAUUAUCAUUAACAUUAUCAAAUGAACGAUAUUUAAUGCAAUCAAUGAAUAACACACAAAUAUCAUUUUCAUCUCCUCUCACUUGUAUUCAUCAUGAAUUUGUACAUCAAGUCAUGAAACAUCCACAAAAACUAGCUGUUGAACUAGAUGAACAAUCAUUAACAUAUUGUGAACUAUUGUAUUAUGUCCAAGUCUUAUCUUUAACUCUUCUUGUUGAAUAUCAUGUGUUUCCAGGUGAGAUCGUGUGCCAGUGUGUAGAGCGAAGUUUAUCAAUGGUGAUUGGUAUAAUGGCAAUUGAAAUGACUGGUGGUGUUUAUUGUCCAUUAUCACCUCGAGAUCCACAACAACGUUUGCAUGGACUCACACAACAAACACAAAGUCGUCUUGUUCUUGUUCAUGAUUUGACCAAGACCAAGUUUAAUUAUGGUACCGUGUUACUUGGUAUUGAUUCAAUUUUGACUAAUACAAAGACGGAUAGUGUAAUUUGCGUGGAUCGGCUCUCAAGUGUCACAAUAAUACCUUAUAGUAUGGCUUACAUAAUCUUCACAAGUGGUUCAACUGGAAUACCGAAACCGGCUCAACUUCGACAUAGAAAUUUUACUCAAUCAGUACAAUCUUUGGUACAUGUUGAUAUAUUUAACAAAAACGAUAUCAUUAUACAAAUGGCGCGAUGUGAACGUUGCUCUGUGCGACUUAUUGAAUUAUUAGAAAGCAUUAUAAAUAACGACUGUUCUAUAUGGAAUUUAUGUGGACCGGCGGAGACAACUCUUCAGUCUUUAUUUCAUCGAGUCAAUUCACAAGUAGAUACAGAGACUAUUCCACUUGGUAGACCACUACCUAAUUAUUCCUGUAUAGUCAAAGAUAAUUCCGGACAGCCUCUUAUUGUCGGUGAAGAAGGAGAAAUACUGGUGAGAGGAGUAGGCAUCUUUGCUGGUUAUCUUGGACGUGAUGAUUUAACUGCAAAAGCUCUUAUUGAAAUAGAUGGUCAACUAUUUUAUCAAACAGGUGAUCUUGUUAAGACGGAUCGUAAUGGUUUACUUCAUUAUAUCAGUCGAAAAGAUUUUCAAGUUAAAUUACAUGGACAAAGAAUCGAACUUGGUGAAAUCGAACGAUGUUUACUUAGCAUCACAUCCAUCUCCACUUGUGUUGUCAUGAAAUGGAAUGAUGAUUAUUUAGUUGCAUAUGUUCAAAGUUCCGAUAUUAAUGAACAGGAAUUGCGUGAACAUUGUCAAUCUCAUCUUCCACCACAUAUGGUUCCAUCAAUAUUCAUUAUUCUUGAGAAAUUACCUCUGAAUCAAAAUGGAAAAAUAGACAGAAAACAACUUCCUUCACCCCAAUUUUCUUUAUCGACUUUGUUAUCGUCCCAUAUAUCUGAUACUCCUCUUAAUCAGUUCGAAGAACGUAUACAUACUAUUUGGUGUCAAGUUCUUCAUUGUGAUGAAAAUCAAAUUUCUAGAACUACCAGCUUUCUUAGUGUUGGUGGGCAUUCACUGUUAUUUAUUGAACUUUAUCAUCGUUAUCAGUCAUUAUUCAAUUUUGAUGCUCAUUCACUCUCGAUUUCUCCAUUUCUUCAACAACCAACUAUAUUUCAACAUUCACAAUUACUUCAAACAGUUAUAACGAAUAAUAUCAAGGCGACACAAUGGUAUACGUUACAUAUAAACGAAGGUAUUGCCUCUUUUGCUCAAGAACGUAUCUUUCUUGAUGGACAAGUUCGUUUUUCAAGUGAUAUUGCUGUAUAUAAUGAACUGUCGACUUUACAAGUUGUUCAAGGAUCAUUAUCAUUCAAUUGUUUAUUACAAGCAUUUCGAUUUGUUUUGAAUAAACAUAAAAUAUUACGUACAUAUCUUCUUUUUAACGAUGAUGACGGUAUUUUGAAACAAUGCAUCACAGAUAUACAUAAAACAUUCACAAUAACUAUGAAUCAAACAUUUGAAAAUGAUAAUGACCUUGAAGAUAUUAUUCACCAAACAAUUAUUAAUCCUACUCUCUUCGAUUUAUCAAUCGGCCGUGUUUUUCAUGCUGAAAUUCUGAAACAUCAAAUAUCACUAAAUGAAACUGAAACUGAAAAUAAUAGCAAUGAGCCCGUAACUAAUUCUGAUGUUCUUCUCAUUGCUUUUCAUCAUGCAGCAUUUGAUCGAGCAAGUUUUCCGAUCUUUUUCAAUGAUCUAUGUUUAGCUUAUAAUACUAAUGCCAUAUCAAUAGAAGAUGAUGAAUCAUUGCAAUAUAUUGAUUAUAGUAUACAUGAACGUCUACUUGAUAUGUCAACUUCCCGUGAAUUUUGGUAUUUACAAUUAGAAGAAUACAAUUUAGAAUCUCGAUUAUUGUUACCGGUUGAUCGACAUCGUUUCUCUAAUGAUCAUCGAUCGAGUUCUGCUUGUAUCACUCAAAUCUCUUUUGGCAACGAGAUUUCACAAUCAUUUCUUGAUUAUGCUUCUAUACAUCAUGUGACACCAUUUCAGUUAGGUCUAACUAUGUUAUACACUUUUCUUUUCAAGUUAGCGCAUGGUGAAAAUGAUUUAUGUAUUUCUUGUCUUAAUGCUAAUCGACACAAAACUGAACUGCAAAAUAUAAUGGGAAUGUUUGUUUCAACAUUACCAUAUCGUAUUCAACUUGAUCCUCAUUGGUCAUUUGAUGAUCUUGUUGAAUAUGUACGAGAGAAAUGUUUAUCAAUUCUUGAACAUUCACAUUAUCCACUUCAACAUAUUCUUGCUAGUUUACAUAUUAAACAAUCAAGUAUUUCAUUUCUCGAAACAAUGUAUGACUUUAUUACUAUAUCAUCACACAGCGAUGAAUUAUCUUUGAAUGGAGCAAGUUUAAAACAAGUGUCAUUCGAACAAUCUUUUGAAGUGGCUAAGUUUGAUUUUAUGUUAACAUUUAUCUAUAAUCCAAUGUUGGAAAAUAAUAGAUUAUCAUUUCGUUUAACUUGUUCACAUGCUUUAUUUGAUGAGAUUACAGUUACAAACAUAGCUCGAAGAUUAGAAUAUUGUUUUCAACAACUUUUUUCAUCGAAUAAAAAUAUGAAUGUAAUUGAUACAUGUUUUACAUCUGUAUCGAAAUUUGAUCUUAUUCUACCAGAAGAAACUCAAGAAAAGGAAGAUAUUAUGUUUUGUCGACAAUCGGAUAUAAUGAACGAAGCACCAGCAUCAUUUGCACAAAUUCGACUGUGGCAUAAUGAAUCUAUUCAUUUCACUCCUCACAUCUCACAAGUACCAAUCUACAACAUGCCUUUUGUUUAUUCUCUCUACUCAUACCAUACUUUAUUGGUACAACAUCUUCGUCAUGCUCUUCAGCUAAUUGUCAUAAAACAUCAAUCACUUCAUACAUCACUUAUCUUUGAUACAGAAAAGAAACUAGUCAUGCAACGAAUCAUUGAUGUGAAUGACAACAGUAGACAACUUUUUACUUUUAUUGAAAGUACUUAUGAAACAGAUGAACAACUUAAUAGCAUUUUCUCCGAUGAGAAACUUAAUCCUAAUCUUUUUGAUCUAGCUCAAGGUCUUGUCUUUCGAUGUCAUAUUGUUUAUUACAAACAAAUCUCUUCAAAUCAUCUUCUUUGUGACAAAGAUGUACUUAUUUUCAACUUUCAUCAUGCUCUAUUUGAUUUUCCAUCGAUGAACAUAUUUCUUCAUGAUCUUAAUCAAGCAUAUAUAGCAGGUCAACUAUCUAACAAUAAUGAUACUACCCUACAUUAUCUCGAUUAUGCUGUUAUUGAACAACAAAUAUCUAUGACUGGUGCAAGCAUGUUUUGGUUUGAUGCUCUUCAUGAUUGUAAACUCGAUCAAUCUUUAUCAUUACCAUUUGAUCGAUAUCGUCUCUCAAAUGAGCAUCGAACUGGUCGUGGAACAACUAUUUCAUUUGAGUUUGGUCAAGACCUCUCACAUGACUUUCUUAUUUAUGCAUCAUCAAAUAACAUAUCACUAGAACAGCUUACACUUUCUAUUUAUUUCAUCUUUCUAUUUAAGUUAACUAGUGGACAAACAGAUCUAUGUAUUUCUACGAACAUUAAUAAUAAUCGAUACAGAGAUGAACUCAAAUCAAUCAUUGGGCUGUUUGAGAAUGUUAUUCCAUUACGAUGCCAACUAGAUCCACAUUGGUCUUUUCAUCAACUACUCAAACAUGUUCAAGAUAUAACAACAAAGUGUAUGAAAUAUUCAUAUUUUCCACUUCAACGUAUUCUUAAUCAACAUCCACAUAUUUCAAAACAUGCAUUCCUGGAUACAUCUCUGGAAUUCAUAUCAUAUAAAAGCGACAAUAACAACAAUACAAUUAUGAUUGGUGAUUCUCAAAUUAUUCGAUCACCUUUCUCAUUCAACACUAAUGAAGAUGAAAUACUAAGUGCAUCCGACUUCUCUCUUUCUGUUUAUCACGAUAUAAACAUGAAUCAACUAUCAUGUACAAUCAAUGCAUCACUUGACUUGUUCAAUAGAGAGACAGUGGAGAAGAUUUCACAACGAUUUCAUUUUAUCUUAAAUCAGUUAUCUACACCUAUAAUUGAUAAUCAGAUAAACAAACCAAUCUAUGAAAUACAAUUAGCAUUACCGACGGAACAAUAUCUAAUGCAAUCAUUGAAUAAUACACAAAUAUCAUUUCCAUCUCCUCUCACUUGUAUUCAUCAUGAGUUUGUAUAUCAAGUAAUGAAACAUCCACAAAAACUAGCUGUUGAACUAGAUGAACAAUCAUUAACAUAUUGUGAACUAUUGUAUUAUGUCCAAGUCUUAUCUUUAACUCUUCUUAAUGAAUAUCAUGUGUUUCCAGGUGAGGUGGUGAUUGGUAUAAUGGCAAUUGAAAUGGCUGGUGGUGUUUAUUGUCCAUUGUCACCUCGAGAUCCACAACAUCGUUUACAUGCUCUUGUACAACAAACAAGAAGUCGUCUUGUUCUUGUUCAUUGGUUAACAAGAAAACAGUUUGAUGAUGAUAUUUCGACAUUUGAUAUUCAUUCAAUAUUAAAUGUUAAUAAUAUGGUUCAAGUUCGACAUAAGAACUUUAUUAAUUGUAUACAUUCUUUCAUUUACAUUAAUUUAUUUAAUAAAGAAGAUACAGUUGUACAAAUAGCACGAUGUUCAUUUGAUAUUCAUGUUCAAGAGAUACUUGGUACAUUGUUAAUUGGAGGCUGUUUGAUUAUGCUUCAUCCAGGUGGAACUAUUGACUUCAGUUAUUUAGCCGACGUCUUUCAGAACAAACAAAUCACAUAUCUAACAGCUGUACCAAGUUUACUAAACAUAUUUUUCACUUCUAUUCUACAAAACCAGAACAUGAAUUCUGUGAAAUAUAUACGGUCACUUUGUAGUGGUGGUGAGGCUUUUACCGUGCAUUUGAUCGGCUUGAUAUUGCAUAUCGGCAUAACGAACUGUACUGUAUGGAAUGUGUACGGUCCAGCAGAAGCAACAAUAGAUUGUACAGCUCAUUGUACCAACGUUACAAGUACUAUACUGAGUAUUCCAAUCGGUAGACCACUUUCAAAUUACCAAUGUAUACUUAUGAAUCAGUAUUUUCAAUCAUCUGUCAUCGACGAAGAAGGUGAACUGUGUGUAGGAGGAGUGAGUGUGUUUGCUGGUUAUCUUGGACGUGACGACUUAACUGCAAAAGCUCUCAUCGAAAUAGAUGAUCAACUAUUUUAUCGAACAGGUGAUCUUGUUAGCAUGGAUAACAAUGGUCUUCUUCAUUAUCAAGGAAGAAAAGAUCAUCAAAUCAAACUACAUGGACAACGAAUCGAACUUGGUGAAAUCGAACGAUGUUUACUUAACAUUACAUCCAUCUCUGCUUGUGUUGUCAUCAAAUGGAAGGAUGAUUAUUUAGUUGCUUAUAUUCAAUCUUCUCAUAUAAAUGAAGAACAACUACGUGAACAUUGUCAAUCUCAUCUUCCACCACAUAUGACUCCAUCUCUUUUUGUUAUAGUUGAGAAAUUACCUUUGAAUUCAAAUGGAAAAGUAGACAGAAAACAGCUUCCUUCACCUGACUUUUCAUUAUCGACUUUGUUAUCAUCCGAUAAGUCUGAUACUCCUCUUAAUCAGUUCGAAGAACGUAUACACACUAUUUGGUGUCAAGUUCUUCAUUGUAAUGGAAAUCACAUUUCUAGAACUACCAGUUUUUUUAGUGUAGGUGGUCAAUCACUUUUAUUUAUUCAACUUUAUCAUCGUUAUCAGUCAUUAUUCAGUUUUGAUGCUCGUUCACUCUCAAUUGGUCUCUUUCUUCAGCAACCAACUAUUCGACAACAUGCACAACUACUGCAAACACUUCCAUCCAAUGAUACGCAGACGAUACGAUGGCAAUCAUCACAUAUCAAUGAAGGUAAAACAUCUUUAAAUUAA